AUGGUCUUAUCUAUUUUCUCAGAGACCGGUCAGUAUUUGGCUCUAGACCUUGGAGGGACUAAUUAUCGUGUUAUUCUCGUGACGCUUGCUGCGGAUGAGCAUCCAAAAAUCGAGGAAAGAACGUAUGCAAUACCACACGAAAAGAUGACUGGCACAGGGGAAGAGGUAUAGUUUUAAAUACUUAAACUUUGUGGUGUUUCAGCUUUUUGAAUACAUAGCUACCACUCUCCAGAGCUUCCUGGCGCGUUUUGGUAUUGCUGACAAAGAAAUGAAACUGGGUUUCACAUUUUCCUUCCCUUGCGAACAACAUGGAUUAAACAAAGCGAUCCUCGUGCGUUGGACAAAGGGCUUCGACGCCCGUGAUGUCGUAGGGAGGGACGUUGCUCGUCUUCUCCAAAACGCCAUUGAUAAAACGGUAGGCAAACAAUAGUUGGCUUAUGAGGGCCUCACUUGACAUAAAUAUAUUCAUACUUUUCCGAGAUCGUACCACACUAACAUUGGCUGUAGAUUAUUCGGACCUUUGUCGACCACCUUAAUGACGAUUUACACAUUCAUGCUAUCAUUUGAAUUUUAUUAUUUGUACGACAUUUCCGAACACAUUCGUUGUGUGUCGUAAUGACAAACCGUAAGUGCGCAGACCUGCGUCCACUUUACAAAACAUUUGCUUAAUGCUUUCUUCUAUUAUUAGUUAACAUUAAUAUUAGGAAAACAAACAAUACCAAUUAAGCCUUUAAGACUCUAUUUUGCCCACCGCUGUAAAAGUUUUUGUAUCUUUGGUUUGUUUCGGCGAUUUAAAAGUGACAUGUUUUGACCACUCAGAACACUGAUGAAUUUUACUUGAGCCCUAACUUAAUCUGCGUAGUAUAUUUGCAUGAUCAUCGUUCUGUAACUGUUUUUGAAAAUUGUAGGGCCUGAAAAUUCAAUGCGUGGCAGUCGUGAACGAUACAGUCGGCACAUUGGCAUCAUGCGCGCUCGAAGAUCGAAAAUGUGCCAUUGGGCUAAUUGUUGGUCAGUUUUCCUGGACAGUUGUUACUAAUAUAUAUGAUUAACUUGUGUGCCAUGCGUUUUUAUGUAUCUUAUGCAUAACUUUCUGUCAUGAUUCAAUGAUUUAUAGGAACUGGCACAAACGCUGCCUACAUCGAAAAGUCCGAAAAUGUUCCCUUUAUGCAUGAUAUACUGGCCUCGAGGAAUAGUCCACCAGUAACAGAUGAAAACGUCAUAAUUAACAUGGAAUGGGGUGCCUUUGGUGAAGAAGGCAGUCUAGAUCCCUACCUGACUCACUACGACAAACUCAUUGACAAGGACAGUCUUCAUCCCGGAAAGCAAAUGUAGGUCAUGUGAAAGCCUUUUGUUUCUUAUGGCAUGUUUCUUCCUGUAGCUUCGAAAAAAUGGUUUCUGGAAUGUAUCUUGGAGAGCUGGUCCGUUUGAUUAUCCUUGAUCUCGUGGACCAGAAACUACUUUUUAGAGGUGACUUGCCAGAUUCUCUCAAAGCCGCCCAAUCGUUUCCGACUAAAUAUAUUUCUGAGACUGAAAGGUAAGCUUCUGCCUAACAAAUCACGUUUUUGUGUUAAAAUGUAGGUAUAUUAGACGUUGGUUUGCAUUACCUUGUUAAUUGUAUAGCAUUAUGACAUUCAAUUUCAACACUGAUUUAGCGGUUUCAUAGAUGAUUUUUGCUUGUAAAAUCAGACAUCUCUGUAAUUUUGAAAAUCUCGAGCAACCGUACACCAUUUCCACGUUUGGACGGUGGGGCAAUACAUAACGAAGACGGAACGCAAUCCCUCCUUGACACAAAUAAUUGUUUUUUCGCUAUUACGCCAUCAGAUUUUUGAAAGUGAUUAGCCAGCGUAUCCCACUUUGUCGUUUCACGCAAUGGACCAGUCCAUUGCGACAUGGUCAUUCGAAGGUACAAAUGAUGGAAAUUUACAAAUAAGCCUACAAAAGUCUUUUGGAUGGCUUACUGUAUUUCACAGACACCCACAUCACUGCGUGACAAAACAGUGAACUCGGUAUGUGGUUUGGUAUCGUGCCGCGGAAGCUGCUUAACGCAGAGGUCGGAUGACGGAUAACGAAUAUGAAAAACAAAGCAUUCACUUAUGGCCAUCUUUUAUUUGACACUGUCAUGGUGUGUGUGCUUCUUUUCGGGACGCUAAAUCCUUCUCAUCUGAUGGAUUCCCUAACUUGACUCGUAAUUACUCCAUGACAUUCAUAUAAAAGUCCACUUGCCACUUCUUUUGGUCAGCACGAAUUUUGUAGCAAAAGUAAUGUACACCUCUAACUUGCGAUUUAUUUUAUCUCACUGUUCACUUUUAGGAAUACUGCACUUUUACAGAAAAGCAGAAUAUUAACUGAAAAGUUUACUUUAACAAAACUUUCCAAGUGCUCAUUUCUUUGCUAAGAAACGAAGUAUUCUGUUUCUUUUACAGGGACCCACCACAUCUGUUCUACAGUACCCACUAUAUGCUGACGGAAGACUUGAACGUCCCAAUAGUGGAGCCCAUUGAUGACCGUGUGGUUCGCUACGUCUGCGAAGUUGUAGCCCGGCGCGCAGCGUACCUUGCGGGAACAGGUAACUCUAAUGUUUCGCCACUGGUCCCUGUUUUCGCUUGAACUUAAUCAUUAAGUUGGAAGGUUACGUCCAUCUCCGGUGUCCGGAAAGGACGUGGUUUUUGACACUUAUAGACUCUGUUGUAUACGGUGCGCAUUGGUGAUAUUUGUUUGUCUUUGUCUUGAAUUUUUUGGACAAACAAUGGUCCGUUGUCAUUGCGCUAAAAAACUACGUUAUUAAUUAUUGUUAAUAGUCGAAAACGUCAAUACUAGAGUGGACGGUACAGCAUCCUAGGAGGUUUUUUCGUAUCUAUGGUUGCUGCUUUUAACCACGCACCCAGCCGGCUCUGGAAAAGGUCCAUGUACGAUGCUCACCUCAAAUAAUAGGUGGCAUAAAUGAAUGACACUUUGUUCUGCUGUUAACUAACGGGGCUAUCACCAAUGUCCUUUUUUGGACCGCUGUUUUCUUUGUGGAGUUCGUCUUGUACGACUCUGUCUACGCUGUCCGUACGUCUUGUUCGUGCUAAACAGUGAGCUAUCAUAUUAUCCACCCAGAUCGUACGGGGGUACGGUUAAAAUGUUUGUCAUAUCUACAAUAAGCCAAUUCAAGCUGCGGACGUGCCAUUCACAAUCAGACUGCGGAAAUACGAGGAAAUAAUGCUGGUCCCUGGAGAAUGCAGUUUCUGAAUGGGACAAUCAUGAACUAGUGGAAGAUACCGGAAUUGCAAAGAUGUGCUUGUUAUUGGAGGUGUUUCUUCUGUCCAACUUUAUUCAGAGGAUGCAGCAAAGCUCAUUGCAGCUAAACUUAGCAUAUACCAUUAGUUAACAGUUUGGUAAAAAUCCCCCGGUCGAGUAGUAAUUGGAUCGAUAACAUCCGGCUUUGUAUUUUGCGGAAGUUUGCUCCACUCAUCUGAUCUGUUUUUUCCCACAUAUUUUGACAAGUGGUUUUACAGCUGGCUGUUCUCGUUUAUGAUAAUGGCAUGGCAGUUUCCACUCAUAGUGAUAAUACCGUAACUAGGGUAGGACGUCCGUGUUUGACGUCUGCCAUCUGAUUACCAUUUGCUUACUGUUUUCCUUAAAACUCCCGUCACUCCGCUCUAUACUGCGGCAGCCUUGAAUACCAGUUUAUCCGAGUCUACACUGCACAUUAGGAGUGCCGCAGUCGUAAACUUGAGUCCGCCUGAAAAUCAUUUAUUCAUCUUUUUGAGUUCUUACUGAGUGUUUUUUGACGUGAAAAAACCGUGCACGAAGUGCUGACCACCACUUUCAGUGUUUCCCAGUUGUUUCCUCACUUCCCUCAUUUCCCCACUAGGUAUUGCCGCGCUUCUACAUAAACUGGGACGAAAACAUGUGACCAUUGGCAUAGACGGCUCGUUGUACAAGUUCCACAUCAAGUUUCGUGAACAUAUGACUGACAUCAUCGACAAACUCAGACCAGAAGGAACCCAAGUAAGGGCCUUUGGCUUACGGUUUAUAAAAAAAAUCAGUCUCAUUUUCUCAGUAGGUAGAUCUUUAUGAAACUAUCAGCGAAUUUCUGCAACCAGAAGUGUCGGCAAUUGCCUGUAGCUUUUUGAAUAUAAAACUAACUUCCUUUUAGUAUAAACGCGUAUACGGAACUUUAGAUACCAUCGGCAUACCAAUUGACUUUCCUGCUUUUACCUUGUAAAAAAUUGAGAGCUUAUCCCAAUUGACGCUCGUAUCAUAAGCGUUACUAUAACCUUGUGUGCGUAGACAUUUUACGAAGGCUUUCACUUCUUUAUAAAGCCCAUGCCAGAAAUCCGGCUUUGUGAAAGUCCCUAGAAAACGCAUUGACUACGUUGACUACACAUGCUGCGGCCGCAGCUUAGGUUGUGUCUGAUGCCUGAUUUUUAUUCGCAGUCUGUUUUGCUGCUUUUAACUGAUUGGCUAAAUUCGGUCGCCUUUAGGCUAGUUUACUGGCCAAGUGUUUAGUCACGUCAGCUCUUUCCUAAGGUAGAUUUAACUAGCAAAACUUCUUCGGCAUCUAAAUUGGCAUAGUCUGCCUGUCUAUCUAGGAAAUAUGUCCGAACACACUUUUGGCAUAAUAGUUGGCAGUCCGUCUCUUACGGCCGUUUGGCACGCAACACCGGUUGCGAAAUCGGACACUUAAUUUAUCCACGCAACUUUGGUGGUAUGAUCAUACCUCCUGUGCUAGACGUAAUAAUCAAAGGAGUGGGAUAGGUCACUAAAGUUAAAUUGUUUAAUUUUGCAAUUUAUAAAGGACUGGUUACAAAGUAGUUAUGUCUAGUCAUUGAUUAUAAAGUAAAUUCUGUUAAAUUAACAACAAGAUGGGGGUGAUCACGUAACUUAAAAAGCCACUCUACCGAGCGGUAUGCUAUUGCUUCUGUCAUAAAACGAAGUCUUUAGGAAAGUCGUUUAGGUCAGAAACGUGAAGCGAUAUAUUCUUACCUAGAAUUCAUGCUUUCAUAAACUAAUCAGUUUUGCUCCGGUCGGCCUACAUGUUUCAUAUAGUGUCUCCCAAUGGGCACUUCUUACCGUGCGAUGGGUAAUCCUCAACAAAGUAAUUACUAAUUAUAACGUUAGUUUUGAUUGGUCUUUUAUUUUUAGUUCCGUCUGAGAUUGUCUGAAGAUGGUAGUGGCAAGGGAGCUGCCGCCAUUGCAGCUGCUGCAACUCGCACUUACUGA